AGUGUCUCCCGGCUACGGCAGCAGGUAGCACCGCUUCGCCUUGGUGUUUCGCUUAUCUCUUGAGAGCUGAUAUAAGUAAGGAGACAGAAUACUGCACUUCCACCCGCCCAAAAAAACUGUUGUGUGUUUCAGUGUUCGUGAAGCCAUAACUUCCAGCCAGUCUGGAAGUAUCAUUCCCAAUUAAGGACACGGAACGACACUCGAGGGAUGAGUGAGACUGAGACGAGGACACAACAGCAAACCAUGAGAACCAAAAGACUCGCUGUGGCUGAGCUGCAGGCCGUGAAGUGGGUGGUGUCGCAGGCAGUAGUGAAGCGUGUGUAUGAUGGCCUCAAGCCACGCUAUCAGACCCUCAGACGGACAGCCAUCCUCGGCUGGUUCCUCGUCAUGUAUGAGGCAGUGGUGGUGUGGUGGUGGACGUUCCUGCACAGCCUGCCGUGGCCGGAGGCGCUCCUUGCACUUCUAGAGGGCGCCGACAGCAGAGUGGUCGCCGUCCUGGAUCUGGCGCAGCAGAAGAUAGAGUGGUGGUGGGAUGCGAGUGGCGUGCGACUCAUGUGGCUGCGGGAGAGCAUCUUAACAUUCCUCGACUACUACCUCACCAAGAUCGACUCCUUCCUCUUGCGAGUCCAGGAUGUAAUCAUCGCCGCCCUCACCUACCUGCUGAAGCCCGUCGCCACUCUGUACAGGCGGAUCGUGCCAGCUACCGAGUGGGAGGCCGCUACUCGGGCACGGCGGAGGGACGAGCAGGAGAGUGACUUCAUUGAGGAUGACGACACUGAGUUCGGAGAGGACUAUUUGUCCGACGCCUCCACGGACUCCCGCCGCCUGCUGAGGACCGGCCCUGGGGGCGUGUCUUACGGCCGCCAGUGCACCACCGCCAUGGCAGAGGGCAAGUUCAGGCAGGCCAUGUAUCACCGGGUUAAGAAAGAGCUUCGUGUUAUGAGGAAAAAUUCUAUCAGAUUCUCUUAUGGCAUCGUCACGUACGCCAAGCAAAUGGUGGAGCCUCGAAUGCGACCUUACGCAGACUCUUUCCAGGUCUCCUAUCAAAAGUGGGCAAGGGAGUACGAGAUUCAGGAGAUGAUGAAGCCCCUGCAGGAGGAAUGGAACACAACCAGACCACCAAUCGCCAAGAUGCUGUCUCUCGCACAGGCUCUCUGCGUCGUCUGCCUCGCUUUUUUGCUUCGUCUAGCGAAAGGAAAGAAGAGCCGCAGAACUCGAUCGAUGCGCUCAGAGAGUCUUCGCCGAAGGGCUCAAAAUCUAGCUUGCACCAACAACAGCCAGCUGUCUCUAAGCCCCACGGCUCUCCAGCAGUCAUCCGAGCCAACGCCAUCUCACCCACUGGUAGUCCCGGAGAGUCUCCAGGCGCGAGCCCUGAAAGAAGACGACGAGGAUUUGGACGGUUCUCCAGCAAAAGACAGCGCUCUGGGAAGUGAGGACAACCGUUCUGACGCGAUAGACAGCGACCACACCAUCUCACCCAUUGACGAAGAACACGACACUGAGGAAGACACUACUGCCGCCGCUGCUGACGAAACAAAAAAUGGUACAGGCAUGAAAAUCAAUAAUGCCAGUGCCUUCCCAAGAAAAGAAGUGGGACAAGUGUCUCCCAAAAACAAGAAAGGUGUCACCAUCUUGACCCCUCAGCAAACAAAGAGUCAGGGUUACAGGAAAGGCAAUAAAUUCAAUAAAAAGGUCACGACAAUAGUUUAAGUGUAACAACAUAUAUAAAUAGUGUACACUGAGAUGUAUUCCAAUACGUGAUGCACGUUUGUAUCUGCGUCCAGAAGAAGACUGUUACGUUUCGUUUUCGUGUCGCAGCAGAACGAAAUUACGUGUAUUUUAGCUUUGCAUUAUUCGCACCCCACUCCAGACAGGCAGAAACUCCGCGACUCCGAAAGUGCGUUCCUAUCAAGGCCGGAGCGAGAGACACUCGUAUUUUGAUGCAAAUAGUCUGACCGCGUUUGUCAAAAAAAAAAAAAAAAAAAAAAAAGAUGACCAUAAAUCCACAGAGGAAGAAAAUGGGUUCUCCCCGGCAUACCAGGUCAUGGUUGGAUCUGAGACUGUGGAACGCUCACGUCUCGUCUGUCUGGCAAAUAUAUUUCAGCUUUAUUGCAUUACUGAUUGUUGUAUGAAAUUGUCGCAUUUUUGUAUGUGGUGAAGAUGCCUCCGCUCACUUCCCUUCCGUCCCAAACCGGUUCCGAGCACCGUCUGUCUCUUGCGGUUCGGCAGCAUCCAGCGUCGGGAGGUGGACCAUACUUAACGCCUGAGUCAGAGUGUGUUGGUUUCAGUGUGAAAUGUUAAACGUGGCGCGGAAAUGAAAACAACUCGCUUGGGAUGUGCCCCACUAGAACAAGUUAUUCCUUUUCCAUAGUUGUGAAGGAACCACCCAACAAUUUACGUCAGCAUGCACAGUCCCGGCCUUCAUCAACACCUAUCCAUAAGAGAAGAGUAGCAAGGUUCUGAUGACGCUCGUCUCUGGGGAAAGAAUUUAGCUUGAAUAUCUUAUAUUAACUGUAAGCUUUCCAGUGAAGUUCCUUAUGCAGGUUUAGUAAGGAGCUCCAUGUGGUAAAGCUCAGUGUUUCAUGGACUGAGGUGAGUCUCGCCUCGACUUGCCGUAGCCGCCACUCACCUCGAACACAAAGGAACAGAAGCUUUAAUAAGUGUUACUUUUUUUGUUUGUUUUCUAGCUUGUGCUUGCCUUCUUAUAGCUGCAGUUAUAGGGCUUAGGUUUAAAGCACCUCAUAAUUAUUCAUUUCCUACUCAUUGUAUAUUUAUACCAUCACAAUAAUGGUUGCUUUUCUUCCCCACUUUGUUUAGCUAACUUCUAUUUUUCAGCCAUAUGAUGCUAAUGGUUUCGCUUCCCCGCCUGUGUUGCGAAACAAUCGCUGCCUUUCCAAUAUGGGAUUAUUGUGAAAAUAUACAUUUUUAAAGAAAUAUUUCAUAAGCGUGUAACUGUGUUGCAGUUAAUAUUAAAUAUAUACAAAAAUAAACUACACAAGUUGCA